AUGUAUGGUGCAAGUUCAAUGGAAUAUUCCAGGAAGGUGAGCUUGGCUGAUGGCCCUACUGCUGCAGUCAGCACUGCGGACUCCAGAGUAAUGGAUUUUGGAUCAGUUUUCUUUACGUCUCCAGUUAAAGAUGGUGAUGAUGCUUCACCUGCUCUGCCCACCGCAGGCAGUCAGCAGGCUGGGUUAAAUGUUGCCGAGCUGUUGGUUGGCCGUGGCUUUGCUACUGUCAUUAGACACCGAGAUUUUGAGGAAAGAUCAAACUACUAUGACGGCCUUCUUGCUGCUGAAUCACGUGCCGUUGCUGGGAAGAAAGGUAUCCACUCUGCCAAGGAUCCUCCAGUAAUGCACAUAACUGACCUGUUAACGCGGAAUAGGAGGAUGCCUGCUGUUGUAGAAUAUGUCCUCAGUGGUCAUCGUUUUAAGCUGUUUAUUCCGAAGAAACAUGCAGCAUUGCCUUUUCAUUCUCUGAUUGAAGUAGAAAACCGCCGACAGAACUGGAACUUUCUUGGGAUCGAUCCCGAUGCUCACCUUCUUAUGCAGGCUGAGCUGUCUGCCAAAAGGCAGAAAUUGAAGCUAUGGGAGAGCUACAUCGAAGGGGAAGAAGUUUCUAAUGGUUCAGCUGCCGAAAGGAAACAGAAAGAAGAGUUGAAG